UUGCGACUCAAUGAAUGCCACACUUGUGAGAGUAGACAAUGCUGAAGUGCACACUUUUCUCAUAUUGGAAAUGACUAAACGGGAAAUGACACAUAUGUGGCUUGCUGCAAACGACAGGGCUGUGGAAGGCGAAUGGGUUUGGGGGCCUGGAGACGAAGUAUUGAAUGCAAUGUGGGACUCGACCGAACCUAACAACUAUGGAGAUGAGGAUUGUGUCAUUUUGAAUCAAGACGAGCAAUCCUGGAACGACUGGGGUUGCGCAAGAGGUAGUAAUAGGGCAUAUGCCGUGUGCGAAGUAGAUUUUGAAUUUCCUCCAUAGUCAGAGGAUGUUAGAGCUUCAACAGAGAUUGAACUUCGAACACUUUUAUCUACAUAUAUUUGUAUUAUUUUUAUUUAACCCCUUCAUUCCUUUCAAUUUGUCGUUCUACACUACCUUCUUUUUCCCGUACUUUGCCUCCUGAUAUUUUGAGACGUACUGUAAAAGCAAUUGUUGCUACUUCUUCUUAGCAUUCAGCUUUUUUGGAGCGGGAUGAGUAUUUCGAAUAUAUUCCUCGAGGAAUUGCUCCAUAAAAGCAUGGUUGACAUAAAAGUGAAAUCCAAUCACUAUAUUAAUACUUAAGAUACUUUAUAGUGCAUUUUCUUUGUCAGUCAGUCCUCAUUUGUUAAUGCCAUCGUAAUUCCGUAAAACUCUGGUGGGAGGAAAAUCAACAAAUUCAAAGGCCAAUGCUUAUAGGCAAGAACAACCAAUGUAUCUGUUAUUGUUGAAUAGUGACAAAGCUUGACAAGUGUACAUGUAGAUAUAUAUAAACGUUUUCUGUAAUAAAAUGUU